AUGUCCCGCAAGAUAUCCCCAGCAGAACUAUCCCAACAUAAUUCCCCCAGUUCCCUCUGGCUAGCAAUCAACGGCCUAGUCUACGACCUCACCGCCUUCGCCCCCUCCCACCCGGGCGGUCUCCAAAUCCUCCUUCAACAUGCCGGCCAAGACGCCUCAGUCCCCUACAACAAAGUGCACUCGCCCUCCCUAAUCCGGACUUCCCUUCCUCCAACAGCACAAAUCGGAUCAUCUGACUCGAUCCAAACCCCCGUUCCCCAGAUAUUCUCAUCUGUGCCCACCAAGCCCCCAUUAUCAACCUUGAUCUCCCCCCAUGACUUCCCCCUCGCCGCCAUCCCCUCCCUCACCCCAAAGGCAACCGCAUUCAUCUCCUCCGCCGCAACCGACUGCCUCACCCACCGCGCCAACUCCUCCCUCUACUCCCACCUCACCCUCCGCCCCCGCAUCCUGAUCAACGUCUCCACCCCGACCACCCCCCUCGUCACCACCAUCCUCAACUGCCCCGUCUCAUCACCCAUAUUUAUCUCCCCCACCUCCCUGGGGAAAAUAAUCCACCCGUCUGGUGAAAAGGCCAUAGCACUGGCUUGUUCCAACCUCGACAUGGCCCAAACAAUCAGCACGUCUGCAUCCUUCACCCUGUCGGAGAUUUUAUCUGGGCAAAAUACCUCUCACCCGGCGUUUCUGCAGUUGUAUGUUGAUAAAAACAGGGUUAAUUCUGAGAGGGUGAUUGAAGAGGCGGUGAGGAAUGGGGUCAGGGCGGUGAUGGUCACGGUUGAUGCGCCGGUGCCUGGGAAGCGGGAGGCUGAUGAACGGAUCCCCACUGCUGCUGGGGGGGAGAGACUGGCUCCGAUGGCGGGGACGGCAGCUGCUGUUGGGGACGGGAAAGGGGCGGCGUUGGGGAGGGUGAUGGGGGGGUAUAUUGAUGAUUCGUUUUCGUGGGAGGAUUUGGGACGGGGUUGGUGGAUGGGAUUGUCUAUUUCCAACCAUGGAGGGAGGAGUCUUGAGACUGCCACCGGGACGAUUUUGGUGCUGUUGGAGCUGCAGAGGUGUUGUCCGGGGGUGUUUGACAGGAUGGAGGUGUUGAUUGAUGGGGGGGUGAGGAGGGGGACGGAUGUGUUCAAGGCGUUGUGUUUGGGGGCGAGGGGGGUGGGCUUUGGGAGGGCCCCCCUGUGGGCCUUGGGGCUCUAUGGGAGGGAGGGGGUGGAGAGGUAUUUGGAGAUUUUGAACGAUGAGCUGGUGACGACGAUGAAGAUGUGUGGGGUGACGAGUUUGGAGGAGUUGCACCCGGGGUUGGUGAACACGAGGGCGGUCGAUCAUUUGGUGCCGGAGAGGGUGGGUGAGGAGCAUCCCUAUGCGAAGUGGAGGAGGAAGAGUAAGUUGUGA